AUGGCGGGCCAGCAGCAGCUGCCGGCGGGCCUCAAGGAGCUGCUGGCCGAGCUGGAGGACUAUGCGCCGACGGUGCCCGACCAGGUCACGCAGCACGCAUUGAGACAGAGCGGCUACGACUGCAAAGACGUCAGAACGGUGCGCAUGAUCUCGGUGGCGGCGCAGCGCUUUGUCGCGCAGGUGUUGGAAGAGGCGUACAAUGCGCACAAGCUGCGCCAGAUGGCGCCUGCCGCCAAGCUGAAGGAGGCCGGGUAUGACCCCAAGGACAAGCGGGAGCUGCUGACGGUGGAGGACCUUCUCAAGGCACUAGAAGAGUAUGGGGUGAAGGCUGGGCGGCCGCCAUACUACACCACAGCCAAGCCGCAGUGA